AUGAGUUAUAUUAGCGACCUCAAUGGUUGUGAAAUCUGUCCCAACAUAAAAUUUCUGGGUCAGCAUGGAACUUAUUCAACACUGUCUGGUCUUCGUAUUGUGUACGUCAGUUUAAAUUUCGAUUCCGAUGCCGGAGCGGCAUCGUGGGCUUCGGAAUUACCCGGUUUGGAUUCGGACCCCUCCUUCAGUGGCGUUGACCUUCUCCUCACAUGCCAGUGGCCCAAAUAUAUUGUUUCUCCAAAUGAUAAAAUAUUUGAUUCUGUCGACACCCUUUCUUCAGUGGCAAUGUCGCACAUAGCCCAAGCUGUCAAACCUCGUUACCACUUCGCUGCUUCCGCCGGAUUAUUUUAUGAAAGAAAACCUUACAGUUCGAAUAACUCCGUCGUCGAUACUGUUUUUACUCACCUGAGGGUAGGCCAUUAG